CGUUCCAUCUUGCAACCCAUCCGGCAUGGCGGCAUCCUGAGGCAUUCUUUGCACCGCGCUCUCCCUCCAUAGCCACGAGUCGUGUAGCGGAGUAAGCUCUCCUCUCUCAUUCAUUCUCCAAUAUCAAUCUCUCACCUCUACCUCGACAAUCAACAGCGCACACGCACACGCACACGCACACGCACACGCACACAGCGCCACAGUGGCUCUGCGCUUCCAUACCCGUAACCACUGGUGGAACCUAAAGGCUAAAUUUCGAAGACACAACUUCAUCCUCAGACGCCUUCAUCACUUCUUCCGCCACUGCCGACGACACCUUGACGGGUGAUGGCAUGAACCCUCUGUUGACGGCUCGACACCUCUUUCCGCCCUGGUUCACGCCAGCCAAGGCACCAUCCCACGGUCGAAACUCGAACUGUGGAAGGAUGCUUGCUUUGAGGUGCUUUCCGGCAAUUUUCACUGGAAGACUGGAAUCAAGUAAAUUUUGGAAGAAAAGUAAUCGAAACACUGUACUGACUGUAGUAUGUGCUGCAAAAGGUCCUCGUCCGAGGUAUCCUCGGGUGUGGAAGAGUAGAAGGAAAAUAGGGACUAUUUCUAAAUCUCUCAAGCUUGUAGAAUGUAUAAAAGGAUUAUCAAAUGUGAAGGAGGAAGUCUAUGGUGCUCUUGAUUCCUUUAUUGCCUGGGAACUUGAGUUCCCAUUGAUCACAGUGAAAAAAGCUAUAAAGACCCUUGAGCAUGAAAAGGAGUGGAAGAGAAUAAUACAGGUCACAAAGUGGAUGUUAAGCAAGGGUCAGGGGAGAACAAUGGGUAGCUAUUAUACCUUGUUAAAUGCUUUGGCCGAGGAUGGAAGGCUUGAUGAAGCUGAAGAGCUUUGGAGAAAGUUGCUUUUGGAGAACCUUGAAAGUAUUCCUCGCAUUUUCUUUGAGAAAAUGAUCUCUCUUUACUACCGAAGAGAAAUGCACGAAAAGAUGUUCGAGAUAUUUGCUGACAUGGAAGAACUUGGUGUUCGGCCAACUGUUCGCAUUGUCACAAUGGUUGGAGAUGUGUUUCAGAAGUUGGAUAUGUUGGACAAAUACCGAAAGUUGAAGAAAAAAUACCCCCCACCAAGGUGGGAAUAUCGGUAUGUUAAGGGAAAAAGGAUCAAAAUAAGAAUAGAUGCUAGUAAACGUCAUAAUUAUGAAAUAGAUGCUAGUAAACGUCAUAAUUAUGGUGAUGUUGUGGCAAAUGAAUCUGAUACUGAAACCUACUCUGAGUCGGAUGAGAACAUCGAAGCUUCUGCAGAUAGGUUGGAUACUGAAACCUACUCUGAGUCGGAUGAGAACAUCGAAGCUUGUGCAGAUAGGUUGAAUGAGAACACAGAAGCGUGUCCAGAUAAGUUGGACGAAGUUGAUCUGAUCAUCUGAAUCAGCUUUGAUAAAGCACAUUCCUCUGUGCCUGCCCAGUGAAAGUUUUCAAUUUGUGAUUGGAGGACAAUGAUGCUACAAAGAACAGAGAUGAGUGGGUAGAAAAUGUUUGCAGUUUGCACCAAACCUUGAUUUGCGUACAUCUUCAAUGCGGCGGAUUUGGACUUGAUCAGAUUCUGGUGUUAUAUUUUGAUGGUGCCGUCAUUGAUUGGAUUCUGGAAUUUCUCAACCGGUUUAGGCCGGGAGGAGUUGAAACAAGAGGUUCUCAGAAUCUCAGUGACGAGGACGACAACAACUUUCGAGUGGACUCCAAGAACUUCGUCUCCGACAAGGAAGAUGACGAGGAGAGUGCGGAGGUUGCAGCCGUAUCUGGCGAAGGAAUGAUGAAGAAAGAAAAGAGAAGAAUCAAAAGAUUAAAUUGUCAUUAUUAUUUUAUCCAUUAAAAUUACGCCCAGAAUUCUCAUUCAUCCGGUAACAUUACACUUGAAAGAUACAAUAUGUAGGAUCUUAGAAACUAGGAAGAAUAACAAACCCACUCAGAUAAUUGUCAUAUAUUUUAAUAAUUUAUAACAAUUCUCAUUACUAAGUAUUUUAUUCCAAUUUGGAUUCUCA